AUGAUAUUCUAUUUCCAAUAUGAGAAAGCGAGACUGGAACGGAAGAGGAUUGUGGAGAUGAGUAAAGGGUAUGGCAAGCCGAAAGUGGGCGGCCCGUUCACACUCAAAGAUAUUGACGGGAAUGACUUCACCGAGAAAGAUCUGCUGGGGAAAUACUCACUUAUCUAUUUUGGAUUCAGUCAUUGUCCAGAUAUUUGUCCCGACGAGCUCGACAAAAUGGGCGCGGCUAUUGACAUUAUCCAAGAGAAGGCACCCAACACUUUGCGGUCCGUUUUCAUUUCCUGCGACCCCAAUCGGGACACUCCAGAGGUUCUUCGGGCCUACUUGUCCGAAUUCCAUCCCUCCAUCAUCGGCCUGGUGGGUACCUGGCAGCAAACGAAGGAUGUGUGCAAACAAUAUCGAGUUUAUUUUUCCACUCCACCCGAGUUAAAGCCAGGCGAAGAAGAUUAUUUGGUGGAUCAUAGCAUCUACUUCUAUGUCAUGGAUCCAGAGGGUGAUUUCGUGGAAUGUAUCGGCAGACAGGACACUCCAGAAAGUGCGGCAGGCAUUGUUCUCCAACAUAUUCGAGAUUGGAAGAAGGAGGGAAAGCCGAUUGAUACGACACCUCUACCAUAUCUCAGAGCAAAGGAAUCGGCAACAGUCUCUGGAAAAUGA